GAGUUAUUUGUGACUAUAUCCCAUUCAUCCCAUUCAUCCCAUUCAUAAAACUAAAGGACUCUACCGACCUUUUACUUUUCUGGUUUUCUUCCCCAGAAGGUGGAAGAGGAAACGCUGUGCCACCAUCCCCCCUUCUGCUCCACUUCAGUAUUAUGGAAUCUUGAUGAUGUUAUUCUAUCCCCUUUCGAUUGAUUUGGAUUAGAAGUCGUCGGUUCAUCCAUUAGCUUGGUCUUCUCCUACAAUAUCAACAUGGGGUUUUCCUCUGUUGGUAAUGGAGCAUCUUCAUCAUCUUUUUCCAAUCUAUCACAUCUGGCGCCGCCCUUUACUCUUGAUCGUUCGGUCACUCGACCUUUUUCAAGCCCGCUUGUAGACAUGACCGAACCUUCAUUUGGGGUUGGGGCUGGGGUUCCCCUGAACUCUACACUACACAAUUGGCUCCCUUCCACCACCAAAACCUCAGGCCUUGACUUCUUUUCCAGUUCCACCCCUGAAUUUGAUUGGUUAUCCUUCGCUACGGGGUCUAAAUACCCUAGGUUGCAACCUAUGAUGGAGCCUUCUGAUAAACACGAACCUCUUUUGGGCAGUCUUACAGUGUCGUCAACCGACCCCUCCGUAUCCGGGGAAUCCUCUGCCGGACUAACAACUAGUAUUGGCAAAGAAAAACCAUACUAUCCAUCCUAUGCCUCCACUUCAUGUAACAAAGCUGUCCCUGUGGUCAUAUUUGAUCAACCAACUUAUGAUUGGCCAUCGAACUCGCAUGUUGUUACAUUCAGUGUGCCUCCGUGCACAAACUUUUCUCAUGGAUCUUCAGGCUUUGAGAGAUCGGUUGAAGAGUCUUCACAUUCUACUGAUAUGCUUGAUCUGAAUAGAUGCAACGAGUUUGUAAGAGAAUGUCCAAGUGAGGAAUUGUUAUUGAAGCAGAACCUUAACAUCGAGCAGGCUAAUGAUUUAAGAAUAUCUGACAUGGAUGCCCAUUCUGCAUUUCCAGGAUGCCACCCUAAGACUAGGACACCACCUUCAAAUCCAGCAUCAAGAUUUCACAACUUUCAAUAUCUGCGAAAGGCUCCAUAUCAGGAAAUCUUGAGAGAGCAAGAUGCUAGAUUGAGUGUGACUACAUCAAUUGUCAAUCCUCCCAAUACUAAUUUUUCCAUAAGACCACCUGUUCUUGAUACUGAUUCUUUUGUCUGCAACAUUGGUCCAUGUCAUAUGUCAGGUAAUGGCGAUCAGUCCUUUGAAGCAAAACAAGGUGGCGAUGACCUUUCAAAUCUAAAGAAGUUUCUUCCAGUUAACUCUGAUAGCCAGGAAUUCUUCCGUACAGAGAACCAUGGAACAUGUUUAGAUAAACAUGACCCUAUUGUUACCGAGUUCUCAUCAAUCAAAACUCAUGACUUACGAAACAAUAUACAUUAUGCUGAGGAUUCACCAGAUCAUACAUUGAAGGCUGGAAUGGGACUUCACGUUCCUGAUUCCAGUCCCCAAUUUAGUUUGGACCUUAAAACAAAAAUUGCCACAACAAUUGAGAGUUCCUCUGAAAAUUUUGAUCAGUACAACUUGGCAGCAGUAGACUCACCUUGCUGGAAAGGAGCUCCAAUUUGUCGUGUUUCUCCUUUUCAAGCUUUUGAAACUAGUACUCCGAGUAGUGUGAAGAUGGUGGAAGUUAAUAACGAUGUGAAUCUCUCAUUGUCUCAAGUACUCCCUUCUUCUGCUGAGAAUACUGUGGAAGUCUUCGUUCAUGAACCAAGUGAAAGCACCAUAGGAAGCGUUGUGGAGAAAGGUGCAACAUCUACUACACAGAUGCCUUCAAUUGCUGGUUCCUCCUUGCUUGCAACACAGAAAACUAGUAAUUCUGUGAAAGCAGGAGAAUUUUAUUCAAAAAUGGGCGGCUUUCAUCCAACUACUGGUUGCAUCCAUGAACCAGGAGAAGAUGUUGGUGGCUCCUAUUCUUCCUGUUCCAUGCCACAAAGUAAAUAUAAGAAUAACUUAAUGUCUGGGAAAAAGAUUGCACCUACAAGUUACAUGAAAAAGCACGCAGAUGCAGAAUUAAAUUGUGACGACUCCUUUGAAAAUGGUUUGAAUCAUUUGCCAUAUGAUGUUGCAAAACAUGUCCAGAAUUUGCCUUUUGAGCUUGUAAAAUUAUUUCUUGGAGAAUCAAUCUCAAAAAUUGAUAUCCGGAUUCUGGUUGAUACAUUGCACAGUUUAUCAGAAUUGCUCCUAGUAUGUCAUUUAAAUGGGUUGGCUGCAUUACACCAAAAAGACGUCAAGUCCCUUGAGGCUGUGAUAAAUAACCUUGAUGUUUGUUUGAAGAGUGUCGGAUCACAAGGUUCUCUCUCACCUGAGCAAAGGACUUCACAAAAUCUUGAGCAGUUUCAUCAACUUCAUUUGGAUGUCGGAGUGCUCAAGUCUCAAUUGCAGAUGACAAAGAUUGAAGGUGGAAAUUUGGAGUGUCUAUCAAAUGAUGGAAAUGAUGUUGACAAAAAAAAUCAAUACAUGCUGUCUGUCAAGAAAGACAGAGAAGCUGCCGACUCUCUUUAUCUUAGGAACAGGAUUGACUCGGUGAAAGAAGAUAGCAUGACCAAGGCUCUUAAGAAGGCUAUGAGUGAGAAUUUUCAUGAUGACGAAGAACAUCCCCAAACUCUCUUGUACAAGAAUCUAUGGCUUGAGGCAGAAGCUGCAUUAUGUGCCAACAACUUGAGAGCUCGUCUUAAUAGUGCAAGGUCAGAAAUGGAGAAACAUGAAUCACCAAAAGUGAGAGAAAAUGUCAAAAAUUUGGACGAAGCACUUAUUUCUGAUGCAUCUCCUGGUUCAAACACCAUUGGGACAUUGGCGUCUAAAACUAAAGUUGGUUCAACCUCAUUUGUCUCCUUUCAGACUUCCCCUGCCGUGAGUGUGACUAGUCAUGCAGCAGAUGAUGUGAUUACUAGAUUUCAUAUUCUUAAAUGUCGAGAGGAUGUAGUAAGGCAUAGGGAUGUCGGAAAUUUAGUAACACUGUCUGAUUUUGAGGUUUUGGGUAAAAAGGACGUGGCUGAAAAAUCAGCACUCGACAAGAAACAAACUGCAGUCCCAUAUAUCAAAGACAUGGAUUCUUCAUUCCCCACCUCGAAGGUCAAAGGGAAUGACUCUGCGCCUGCUGUUCCAUCCAUUUCACCUACCUUGACCAGGAGCAGCCAUGUAGAUGAUGUCAUGUCUAGAUUUCAAAUUCUAAAAUCUCGAGGUGAGCGCUUAAGUUCUUUGGAUACGGGAAAGGUGCAGAAAAUUACAAACUCCGGUUGCAAUGAGAUCGACAUGUUGGCACAUGAAGGUGAUACUAUGCAUGGUCUGGGUAUCUCAACAAUGCACCAUCCUAUUGCAGAUGACAAAAACGAAGUUGAUAAUUUAGAUGCUUCAGUACUGGCUAGACAAGAUGUCCUAAGGAGGCGUGGAAACAACAUAAGCUUGACCCCUGCUGGAGAAGAAAUACUGGAGGUAGAAGUAGAACACUUGUAUCCUGCAAGCAAGAGAGUGUAUUGGCCCGUUGGUGAAAACAAGGUAAAAAAGGGAGGAGGGUUGGGUGUUGAAAUGGAACCCUUCUUAGGAUUUGAAGCUGGGAAUGGAAGUAGAAGCCAUGUUGAGGGCAAGGUUCCCGCUGGUUGUUCCGAUGGGUCUUUAUCUGCUGACUGGGAACAUGUUCUCUGGCGCGAGUGAAUGUGUACAAACUGUAUUGAACUUCCUGUCAAUGUUAUCAUACAAUUUGAUUUUUGUUGGAUGAACUUCUGAUGAUACUGUUUAACCAAGAUCCUCUGCCAUCGUCAACUAUAGUCGAUCAUAACAGAGAUCAUUUCUUGUAAUUACUUGGUGCAUGCAACUAUGCUCAUUAUCAUUGUCCAUGCUCUGUUGUAUAUAAUUUCAGAAGUAUAAAAUUAAAUAUUGCUAGAA